AUGUGUGCCAAGACUGUCUUUUUGAGUUUUCUCCUACUCAGCAUAUCGUUUCAGAUCCAAUUGGCGGCUUCAUCGUUCGGAUGCAAUCAACCAGUUAGCAGUUCUGACAAAUGCGAUGCAUCUUCGAUACGCUUUCAAUGCGUUUGCGACUUUACCUGUUCGGCUUGGGAUAAGCCCUGCAAUUGGUGUUACACCUGCCCCGCUGAAUUGGGCUAUAUUAAUCAGAUUCGGGCAAAAACCAAUAAGCUGCCCAUCUUCGGUCUUCCAUAUCGCAACCACACCGAGUGCCUGAACAUCAAUAUUCUAACACAUAACAACAAAAAUUGCUGCAAUUACUUUUGUGAAGCUAAUAUUAAAGAUGUUUGCUUUUAA